CAGCAAAGUUGAGACUCUUUCUGAAGGGGAGGGAGCGCACGACAAAUGAAUGAACUUCUUUGAGGCCUUUUCUCGGUUUCCUCCCACAAAUUGGCACCUCUGACUGCGCUUCGCCUAGCUUUCUGUUUUUCCUCCGCGCAGUGUGAAUUCCUGUGUACCUGUCUGAACAGGGGCAGACGGAGAAAUGGGGUGUUAAAAAAAAUAAAAAAAAAAGAAACAAGAAACAGGGAAGAUCGUAAAAGGGGAGUUUAUUUUGUGUGUGUUGAGGCUUCCCGUUUGUUUGUAUCCCGAUCCCGUUGGAUUAUUCUUUGGCUGGGUGGACACGUCGGCCAGCAGCUUUUGGUGCACUUAUAGCAUGGAUGCCAUCAUGCUGCAGGAGAAACUAGUGGAAAGACUCCUGUGCCCACGUGUGAGAACGGCCAAACAGAAGGAGAAGCAGUAUGUGGGCUUCGCCACUCUGCCCAACCAAGUCCACAGGAAGUCGGUGAAGAAAGGCUUCGAUUUCACUCUUAUGGUGGCAGGUGAAUCUGGAAUGGGCAAGUCCACUCUGGUCAACAGCUUGUUCCUCACCGACCUCUACAAGGACAGGAAGCUGCUGAAUGCUGAAGAGCGCAUCAACCAGACGGUGGAGAUCAUCAAACACACGGUGGACAUCGAGGAGAAAGGAGUCAAGCUCAAGCUCACCAUCGUUGACACGCCUGGCUUCGGAGAUGCCGUUAACAACAAUGAAUGCUGGAAGCCCAUCACAGACUACAUCGACCAGCAGUUCGAGCAGUACUUCCGAGACGAGAGCGGCCUCAAUAGGAAGAACAUCCAGGACAACAGGGUCCACUGCUGCAUUUACUUCAUUCCUCCAUUUGGUCACGGGUUGCGACCAGUGGAUGUGGAAUUUAUGAAAGCUCUCCACGAAAAGGUGAACAUCAUCCCGCUCAUCGCCAAAGCUGACUGCCUCACUCCCACCGAGAUCAAGAAGCUGAAGGAUCGAAUACGAGAAGAAAUCGACAAGUUUGGCAUCAAAGUCUAUCAGUUCCCUGAGUGCGAUUCAGAUGAGGAUGAGGAGUUCAAGCAACUGGAUAAAGAGUUGAAGGAGUGCACCCCAUUCGCGGUGAUUGGCAGUAACACGGUGGUGGAAGCUCGAGGACAGCGAGUGCGAGGGCGACUCUACCCCUGGGGAAUAGUUGAAGUGGAAAACCAAUCCCACUGCGACUUUGUGAAGCUGAGGAACAUGCUGAUCCGCUCGCACAUGCACGACCUCAAAGACGUCACCUGCGACGUCCACUAUGAGAACUACAGAGCGCAGUGCAUACAGGAGAUGACGAGUAAACUGGCACAGGACAACCGUAUGGAGAGUCCCAUCCCCAUCCUGCCGCUGUCCACUCCCGAUGUGGACACAGAAAAGCUGAUUAAAAUGAAAGAUGAGGAGCUGAAGAGGAUGCAGGAGAUGCUGACCAAAAUGCAGCAGCAGAUGCACGACAAAGACUAGCAACGCGACGCAACAUGGAUUUUUAUUUUGUUGUUCAUUGGCUGUACAUUUAGGUUCAGUUAUGGUGCUUUUGUAUGACUCGUCUGCCUGGAUGCUUGUUUUAUCCAAGGCCUCUCCCCCACCCCCCACCUUAAACUAUGACCCCCACCCCUCAGGCUUCCCCCAACUGCGGUUGAACAAUAGAAAAGCCUCAUUUUAAUCACUAAUCACCUAAUUUAUAAAUACAGCGCUAAACAUACGGGGAUACUUUUUAUGGGUGUGACUGUGCAGCAAUCCAGAUUUUAAUGGUAUUUUUUUUUUUUUUUUUAAUUCCGUGCGUGACGGAGUGUGUUUGUGUUAUUGAUCCUCUUCUGGUGGUCCAAAUCUCCCUAUUCGUCUUUUUGCACAAUUGCUUUCUAUUGAUUUAAAUUGAUCUGAUAAACAUAAGGAAUGCAUUAUUUAUUGCAAUGCAGGAUGUGGAAGCAGCUUUUUUUGUUGUUGUCGUUUGGCUGGUUUCAAACCGCACUUAUUGCCCGGGAUCAAAUGUUAACUGUGAACACCAAUAAUAAUAGUAAUUAUUAUUAUGCUGACAGGGUUGUUGCGUAAGCAUGCUGCCGCUACUUGCCUGCUUGACAUUCUCCGCUGCUUCACAGCUGACAUUUUGCGCUCGCCUCAAAAUCUUCUGACUUUUUGUUUUUUGUUUUUUGCUUAUGUUGAGGAGCAAAUACUGGAGAGUUGAUAUUUUUGUUUUGGAAAGUGUGAAUUGUGAAAGUGAAGAAGAACAAUGUGUGAACGUGCGCCAACAGAGGAAACGUGCAUCUUCCUUCUGUCCAACUUGACGAAUAAUAAACGUCGUCAUUCUGUAAAUGUU